AUGCCCCCUACAGCGACCCUCAGCACGCCGGGGACGCCGCUGCACGCCGGCUUCCCGCACUCGCCGAGCCGGUCGAGCUUUGCCCUCGAGCGCACGCGCUCCCUCGGCGCGGCCAAGUCGCGCGAGAACCUCCGCGAUCGCGCGGGCGCCAGCACGCCGACGCCGGGGAGCCAGCGCAAUAGCGUCAGCAUGGGCGUGCGGUCCGAGCUCGAGUGGACGGAAAUUCAGAGCAGGCUCAACACCAAGCUCGAAAGCCAUGGCCUCGAGCCCAUGACCUCGCUGGCCAAGGACUUUUCCGACGGCGUCAAGCUGAUCCAGGAAAUCAUGUCCGAGACGAGCUUGGGGAGGUACAACAAGAAGCCCUUCCUGCGGGUGCAGAAGGCCGAGAACGCCUCCAAGGCUCUCCAGUUCAUCCGCGACCGCGGCGUCAAGUUGACCAACAUUGGCCCCGAGGACAUUGUCGACGGCAACUUGAAGCUCAUCCUCGGCAUGAUCUGGACCCUCAUUCUCCGCUUCACCAUCGCGGGCAUCACCGAGGAAGGCCUCUCAGCCAAAGACGGCCUCCUGCUCUGGUGCCAGCGCAAGACGACGCCGUACGCCGAGGUCGAUGUGCAGAACUUCAAGAGCAGUUGGUCGGAUGGCCUUGCAUUCUGCGCAAUCAUCCACCGCCACCGCCCCGAGCUCAUCGACUUUGACGCCCUCGACAAGUCGGACAUUAGAGGCAACACUGCGCUGGCGUUCAAGGUCGCCGAGGAGAGCCUUGAUAUCCCGCGCCUUCUCGAGGUGUCCGAUAUCUGCGACGUCGAGGUCCCUGACGAGCGCUCGGUCAUGACCUACGUUGCCGAGUUCUUCCACAAGUUCUCGUCCGAGGACAAGGCCGAGACUGGCGCUCGCCGUGUGGAGAAGUUUGCCGAGGUCAUGCAGAGCAUCAUGGUCACGCGCAACGACUUUGAGAAACGCAUGGCGGCCCUGCUGAACGCCCUCGCUACCCAGCGUCAGGGAUGGAAGGCAGCCGAGCAGCCAAAGUCCUACCCCGACGCCAUCUCCCAGCUGUCCCAGUUCGCCGACUACAAGAAGACGAGCAAGCGCGCCUGGGUCCGUGAACGGCAGGAACUUGCCCAGCUGUACAGCAAUAUCCAGACCAAGCUCCGGACGUACUCGCUCCGGUCAUGGGAGCCAGUCGAGGGCUUGAGGCUUGAAGACCUCGAGGGGUCGUGGGCCGAGCUCAUGACGGCCGAGGUGGCGCGCAGCCGGGUCAUCAACGCGCGCAUUCGAGAGAUCAAGGAGGAGCUGCGGAAGCGGCUUGCGCAGCUCGCCCAGAGCUUCAUCGAGCGUAUCCAGCGCGUCGAGCAGGCGAUUGGAAGUCUGAGUGGCUCUCUCCAAGACCAGAAGCAGGCCCUCGUCAAGCUCUCUGCCGAGUUACCCGAUCUCCGAACGAUCUUAACGCACGACAUUGCCGCCGCGAACCAGGCAUGCGUUGAGGCCAAGGUGGACGAGAACGACUACACUGUACUCACGUACGACGACCUGGAGUUCGAGCUCGAGAUUGCCGAGGAGGGCAUGCGAAAGAAGAUUGCGUUUGUGGACAACCAGAUGGUCUCCUCUGCCCACACCAACAUCACGCCUGCUAAGCUGGAGGAGUUUGAGUCGACCUUCAAGCACUUUGAUAAGGACGGCACGAAUACCCUGAGCGUCUAUGAAAUGCACUCUGCGCUCGCGAGUCUGGGUAUCGUGUAUCCAGAUGAGGAGGUUGAGGCGAUCUACAGCCAGCUCGAGUCGCAGUUUGGUGCCCUGACAUAUGAGGCGUGGCUGGCUCUGCUGGUCGAGAUCACAAAGGACGACGUCUCGUCGGGAGAUCAGCUGCGCGAGGCGUUCCGAGAUGUUGGCGGCGACAAGGUCCCCGAGACCCUCGAGAAGUACCAGGAGCUCAAGACUGGCAAGAAGCUCGCGUACGUCAUCUACGGCGUUUCGGACGACAAGAAGUCGAUUGUUGUGCUCAAGACGUCCGAGUCGCGCAACUUUGAGGACUUUGUCGCCGACCUGCCCGAGAAGGAGUGCAGGUGGGCCGUCUACGACUUCCAGUACGAGCUCCCCGGCGAGGGUAUCCGCAACAAGCUCGUCUUUGUCCAGUGGUCGCCCGACGAUGCCAACGUCCGCAACAAGAUGAUCUACGCCUCGUCCAAGGACGCCCUCCACCGCCGUCUCGAGGGCAUCCACAUCGAUGUCCAGGCCACCGACUACUCGGAGAUCACCAAGGAGGCCAUCCUUGAGCGUGCCAACCGCCGAUAAACGUCUAGACCGGGCCACCCCUUCUAGCCACUCCUAGCCGGGACCGUUAUCCAUCCUUCCGAAACUCCACCUACUAACACUAGAGAUCUCCGGGCGUACACUGGAUGUGUCUGACCGGUGACGACACGGCCACGGCAUGCAAUGAGAUGUUCUAUGA